AUGCAGUGGUGCAGAACAGAUCCAAACGUGGGUCAAAAGGAGUUUCUACACAAAAGUUCACGAUAUCAGAAUUCGCUUGACGCACGUUGUACUCCAAGGAUCAUCAGUGAGGGUUGCUGUUCUCGGAGCACCCAGCCGUGCUCGUCAUUUUUCGCCGUCGUUGUCCUCGUCCUUUUCCUGACCGCCCUCAUCGGCUUGCUCGACGGCGUUCGUCGCUUUUUACGCUUGCAGCCAAUAGAGGAAGUUGCGGUACGCUCAGGCCCCGAACGCCCAGAUCCGUCUGAAACAACAGCAGCAGCAACAGCAGCAGCGCGCGGUUGGUUAUCGGGGCGGCUCCAGAGUAACGGUGGGCGAGGGUUGGGCGGAGCCAAUAGCCGCAAGAGGCGGUGCUUACCGUUACAGCGAGAGUUAUCGCCGACUCGGCAAGCGCUCAGGUUCUGGACGCCGAUCGGCAAAGCACUUGAAGUUGGGCCUACAGAGGGUGCCAUGCAUUCGAUCGCCGAGCAACAGAGUGGUGAUUAUUAUUGUGGGUCAUCAUCAUCAUCAGUUGGGAUAACGACACCAUUGGUCAUUAAUUCUGUGGACAGUCGUUCGCCGGUCUCGCCUGCUGUGCGCACGCCUAAUCUAGGAAUCGGGGUAACUAAAUCGACCAAUUUGUGCAGUUCUGAAUUACGACCUGAAAAUUCACGAAUAGGAUCAUAUAGCAGAACUAUGGGAGUUCCGUCGCCAUACGGAGACGUAGGCUGCUCGUCAGGACAGAUACUUUCUCCAUACGCGUCAUCUGCAGGCGAACUUUAUCUUCCUGCCGAUUUACGUGCCCCCUACCUAGCGCCCGCCUACCAGAGUCAAGUGUUACACACCUCACAUAUGGGCAGUGUGUCCAAAGAUAUGGUUAAACCACCGUACAGUUAUAUCGCAUUAAUUGCAAUGGCAAUUCAGAAUUCAGCAGAGAAAAAGGUAACACUGAACGGAAUAUACCAAUUCAUUAUGGAGCGUUUUCCAUUCUAUAGGGAAAAUAAGCAAGGCUGGCAGAACUCUAUUCGACAUAAUCUUUCGCUAAAUGAGUGUUUCGUAAAAAUUGCCCGCGACGAUAAGAAACCGGGAAAGGGUAGCUAUUGGACGCUACACCCGGACUCACUAAACAUGUUUGACAAUGGCAGUUUCUUGAGAAGACGUCGUCGCUUUAAACGAAGUGACACCGAACGUAAGAAUAUCGAGGAAUCCUCCAAUGAUCCUAGUGUAGGUACAAAUGCGGUAACCGGUACUGUUGCAACAAUGCAAAUGGCGCCGAACGUUCUUGAAAACGGAGAACUUAACGCAGCAAAUGGUGGUGGAUCAUCUGUAGGAACGUCGUCGGCUCCUAGCAAAAGUAAAAAGUUGAAGAAAUCUAAAAACUGUAGCUCGUCAAGAAAUAUAGCGGCAGGGGUCUCAGCGACGGUACCGUCAUCCAACGCCCAACAGCAACAGCAACAACAGAACGAAUACUUUCUGGUGUCAGAAGUCGAUACGACUUCCUCUCGAGGUGAUGGACUUAAUCCACUAAAACAAAUUGUGGCCCAUAAAAGUACGGAUAAUGUCCAAGUAAAUGGAGCCUUGUACCCGUCGUUACCCCAUUCGAAUCAGAUGCUUGCAGCAGCCGCACAAGUAAGUACAAUCGCUUGUGCACCAAGUCAACAGGAAAGCGUGGCAGCUGCAGGUGUCGUUGUGAAUGGAGAGAUUCAGGCGCAAACUAGUAGCUUAUCAUCUAAAUCACCCAAUCUUGUCAAACAAGAAUACCCCUCACCACCCCAAAGCGUUGAGCUUUACACGGCGACUCCUACUAACGAUCACGUAGAUGUGGUAGGGGGGAGCUUAGCAACUUACCCUUCCCACCAUUCGCCAUCGUCACACGGUGUUUAUAACCAUUAUAGCAGCCUUAAAAAGUCUGGUUACCAUAGUUCCAACCUGGAAACAAUUGAGGCACCAGGUCUGGAUCAUUAUCCAUACGGACGGUGGCACCCCCAAUUGCAGGACUGUUCAAGUCCCGACCUUCACCCGGGAAACAAUUAUACUGUUAGCGGGACAAUGACUACAGACAAUGGACAGGAUCAUUAUUACAAUCAUCAAGUAUCAUCAUCAUCUGGAAGUUUAGCCCCCCCUUUCUCCGGAUCACCGGCAAACCUACCUGGGCUAGCGGGAUUACCCGCUCAUACAAUGGUACAGCAUACAACCCAAGGCCUUGGCCAAACUGGGUUAACUUCUACUUCGGCCUACUUUUGUGAUACCGUUGCUUCAGGUCCUCGCCCACAGCACGUCCCGUGGACGUACCAUACGGCCCUUGACCGUUAUUGA